AUGACAAUGAACGCGAGACCGCAACACGCGCCGCAAGGCGCGCAGCAACCGGCGCCGACAAAGGCAGAGCUUCAGAUGGCGAAGGCGCAGGAGCUUAUGCGGAAACUGAACAGGCCGGACCUUCACGAGAAGCAGCCUCCACCGGAAAGCGACAAGAAAGAGAAGAAGGACAGACCGCGGCUAUCAAAUCACGAUCUGCAGCAGCUUGUGAACCCUAAUCUUUCUAAGAUGAAGGGCCCUCCGGCUUUGUCGCAGAAGAUUCAAAGGCAGUCCUCUGGGGUGACGUGUCAACAGAACGGUGUUGCGUGCCAUCCGCCGCAACACGCGGCGCAGUUUCAGCAGCAAAACAGGCCGUCGGCGCAACACGGACCGGGAGCUUCUAUGGGGGAAGCUUCCCCGCAACUUCACAAAAACACAUCGCUGCCGGUCGGGCGGAGAAACGCGGCUCCUCAUGGAGUUUCCGCUCAGCCGAACAGAAGCAGCGCCGCAGGUAUGGUGGGUCCGAACCCACAAGGUCGGUUCGGGCCCCCCUCGGGGCAAGCGCCCGGACCUGGAAAUUUGGGUCGUCGGGUGAGUCUUCCAGCCGGGUUUUCAGGGGAAUCUGAUGCAGGGUAUGGCUCGCCAGCGCAGCUGCCGCCGCAAUUGUCGCCGCACGGGCCGCCGCAGACAUCGCCGCACGGACCGCCGCAGGCGUCGCCGCACCUCGGGAACGCGCCCCCGCCUCCGCUGAAGAGCCCCGUGGGUGCCGGAAUGCGGUCCCCCACAUCCUCUCGGGGAGAAUUUGCGGGUGGCGGCGGAGGCGGGAUGGGCGGGGGAGGAGGGAUGGGCGGAACGGAGGGGGAAACGCGCUCGUUAACUAGCAACAGGUCACUAACGAGGAUGCUCGAAUGCAAGGAGGUUAGUGGCGAUAGUAGCCCGCGAGUUUCGGGGGGCAGGUUCACCCGGGAAGGGCAACUACGACCAGAAAUUAGUCGUAGUGAUGACGAGCGCUUCGGCGCGGCGGCAUGUGAUUAUAACGAACCGAGAGGCUCAAACGCAUAUGCGGAAGACGAGGACAUGUACGGCGGAGCAGAGUCGGCGGAAGGGGAAGAGGGGGAACAGGGGGAGGCGUGGAGUGAGCGGAGCGCGGAGGACGAGCGGAACGUCCGCGGAGCGGCGCCGUCAGGCGCACUCAGGUCUCCGCACGCGGCCGCGUCCCCAAUGUCCCCUUCCCCCAAUGGCGGAGGUUCUUCCGCCAGCGCAUCUUUUCCCCCAGCGUCCCCGUCCGCGCGCCUCCCCCCCCAGCGUCCCCACCGUCGGGGGAGCUCGAACGUCGACCAACUAUUAAGGACGUCCUUAGAAGAUCUCCAGGCCGACUCGCGGAAUUGCAGGAGCCUGUGCAACUCCAAUAGCAGCUCGCCAAGUGUCAGCCGCUGUAACAGCAUCGACACUACUAACGACGUCCCCUUUAACACUACCGGGGAGGCAAAUAACGGGGAUGGAGCAGCCGCUGCCGCCGCUCGAGGAAGGUCCAGGCUCGGCCCGAGCCGGCAAGGUAGCCUCGUUCCAGGCUCCUCCGCCGCCACUGUCGCCGCCGCCGCCGCCGUUGGCGCUGGGGCUGGCGCUCCGGCGGGAAUCGCUCGAGUUUCCGGCGCUCAGCCGCCAGUCGCGCUAAGCGCCGCGGCCGCGCGCAAGUCGCUCCAGAACUUGCGGAAGAACCCUGCGAACGGCGGCGGAGGCGGAGUGGCAGGGCCGGAUUUCUCGUCCUCCGCGCCGGCCAGCGCGCUUGCCGGUCCGCGAUUGGCGGCGGGGCAACAGGCACCGCCGGCUGCGCGGGGCGGAAAAGGCGCGGUAGCUCGCACGCAGUCGUUGGAUUGCUCGAGCGGGGCGCAUGUGGGGAAGGUCGUACUUAAAUCCCGCGCCGCGUCGGUCGAUAUGGCAGGCGUGGCCGCACAAGCCGCCGCAGCAGUAGGGGCGGCAGCAGCGGGAACAGCGGCGGCGACGGCGGCCGGAGCGGCGGGAGCGGCGGGGGGGAAGGUCCCGAAGUCCUUCUCCGCAACUGGCGCCGCGUCUUUUGGCGGAAAAGCCUCUCCGCCUGUGACGCGUGUUGCUCGCUCGCUUUCCUCCCUCUCCGGCGAGCUCGCCGCUUCUUCCGCCGCGUCUGGCGGAAAUAGCGGGAUUGGUUCCAUCGCCGCCGCGGCCGCCGCGACUGCCGCGCUAGACGACGAAGUCUGCAGCGUGGAGGAGAUCCGAUCCGCGUUUUACAAGGCCAAGGGCGGCGGAAAGGGAAUUUUAGGGUUUGCGAUGCGCGGACUGUCGCAGCUGUCGGGGAUGCUAGGAGGAGGAGGCGGCUUGACGGAAAACGUUCUCGGAAGGGAGUUUUCCGCGAUUGAGAAAAAAUAUUUCGUCAUGAUGGACCAGGAGCUUGGGGCGGGCCAGUUUGGCGUGACGCGGAUGGCCAAGUGCCGACAAACGGGGAAGCAGUUUGCCUGCAAGUCAAUCUGCAAGGCAAAUCUCAAGAGCAAAUCGGACUUGGAGGAUAUCAGAAGAGAGGUUUCGAUGCUGGAGACCUUAAGGCCCAACCCUAACAUUGCCCGUCUGGAAGAAGUGUUUGAAGAUGAGGAGGGUGUUCACAUGGUGAUGGAGCUAUGCGUCGGUGGAGAGCUCUUUGACAAAAUCAAGGAGAAGAAGCGAUACGAGGAGAGAGAAGCCGUCCCAGUCAUGCGGACCAUUCUCGACGUUCUCGCGUUCUGCCACAUGCGCGGCAUCGUGCAUCGCGACAUCAAACCCGAAAACGUCCUCCUUACAAGCCCGGACUCGAUAACCGAGUGCAAGCUCAUAGACUUUGGCGUGGCAACAGUGGUGAAGCCCGGCGCAAAGCCUCUAUGUGACUUUGUCGGGUCGCCGUUUUACGUUGCGCCGGAGGUGAUCGAAGGAAGCUAUGGAAUCCCAGCAGAUGUGUGGUCGGCUGGAGUUGUACUCUAUGUGUUGCUCUCCGGUGUUCCCCCUUUUUGGGCGCGCACGGAUGCCGGGAUCAUGAAGGCAAUCAAAGAGGCGAAGCCGUGCUUUAAAGGGGAGGCGUGGCGCGAUAUAUCGCUGGAAGGAGUGGACCUUAUAAGGAGGAUGUUGACGCGGGAUCCGAAGAAAAGACUAACAGCCCGAGCUGCUCUUGGUACGUACGGAGGGCAUGUUGUGUGA